UAAAGAUGAGAAACCAUGGCUUUAGUGUCUGCUGUUGAAAGUGUGCUCAUGGACCUUUUAGAUGAUAUUUUUGCUGGUGGUGCUUCAAAGACUGUCAAGGCUGGUGGCAAGUUUCAACCCAAGGCCAAGCCCCGCCCGUUGAAGAAAGGUCCAGCUGUUGCAUCCUCUUCUUUGACGUCAAAACCCACUGGUGAUACUGUAGCAACUGAUUCCUCUUCAGCUCUUAAGAGUGGAAAGAAUUCUCAAAAUUGCGAUGAACAAAGCUCUGUGUUGGCAGAACCUUCCUUGGUGCAUCCUCUUGCUGCAGAUACUUUGGUUCCAUCAGUUGGUUCUAGUCUAGAUGCAAGUAUGGUAAUAACUGAUACCAAUGAAAAUUGGAAAUCUUGCUUUGAGAAAUCUGAGGGAGAGAAUGCAGACAUAUAUAUAGGUUUGGAUUCAUUUGAUGAUUUACUUCCUCACUCAAGCGGCAUAGAUCCAUCUGCUGCUCAUGCUGCUGGUGCAGAGAAGCGACAAGAACAGCUUUUAAUUCCAGUUUCUUCAGUUGAUGGUUCAGCUCAUAGUGCUUCCAAUCUUCAAUCUGAUGAAGUUGCAGCAGGCCAAGAUCCAUUAACAUUCCAAGCAAGUGUUCUUUCUGUUAGUGGAAGUUGUCAGAUGGAAAUGGACACCUACUCUUCCUUGGAAGCUGAUAUCCUUGGGGUCACUACUAUAUCUGAGUAGAAGAUUCCAACCCAAGCCCAAGUUACAAGUAUACAGAGAGAGAUAUGAUACAAUCAUUCCUGAUUUAGAUGUAGGAGAGUCUGUGUCAUGUCUGCCAGAUUCACACUCCGUUCAUUCUGAAAUGGAUUUUGUGGAUAAUGGGAAGGAACAUGGAUUACCUGCUGCUGAUGUCCUUGACUUCUCAGUCAGAGGAUUUGAUAAUAAUA